AUGAUCUUGAAAAUGGUCAUGGAUGUUUCAAAUGAGUUACCAUCUUCGGACUUUGAUCGGUUAGUUGGAGUUGAAGCUCAUGUCGAAAAGAUGAAAUCGAUGAUAUGCUUAGAGUCCGACGAUGUGAAGAUUGUGGGGAUCUGGGGUCCUCCAGGUAUUGGCAAAACCACCAUAGCUAGGGCUUUAUACAAUAAAGUUUCAUGCAACUUCCAGCUCAAGUAUUAUAAAGAGAGUCUUGAUGUAAAGUAUAAAUGGUGGAUCCCUCCUAGUCUUACCGACGAAAUUAGCUUGAAAAGGCGUUUGGAGUACGAGAUACGGUCCGGAGUUUUAGAUCAUAGGGGCAUGAAGAUACCUGACUUACUUGAGGCAGAGGAAAGGUUAAAGCACCAAAGAGUCCUUCUCAUUCUUGAUGGUGUCCCUGGUAACGAAUUAGAAGCAUUGGAAGGUCUUAUUCAAGGUCUUAGAUUCGGAAGUAAGGUGAUUGUGACAAAUGAAAAUCUUGAUUCACUGAGGGAUAAUUGGAUCAACCCCAACCAGAUAUACAAAGUUGCGUUCCCAUUGAGCGAAGAGGCUCAACAAAUCUUCUCAUACUCUGCGUUCGGGCAAAGUUCUCCACCAAGAGGUUACUUGGAGCAUGCUGUUGAAGUAACGAAGCUCAUUGCUCGUUUUCCACUUGGUCUCAAGGUUUUAGGUUCGGCUUUACGUGGGAAGAGCGAACAGGAGUGGAAAACUGCACGGGGUAGACUCAAACGCUAUUCUGACGACAAUGAUAUUAAAAAAGCAAUUAGAUAUGCGUCCGACGGUUUAUCUGAGAAGCACAAAACUUUAUUAAAGUCGAUCGUAAAGCUUAUUAGAUAUCAGCGUCAGAGCGUGAACAACGUCAUAUUAUCGCUUGCAGAGAAGGACUGGGACGUGGAGAAAGGGAUACAAACCCUAGCUGACUUGGCGCUCAUCUCUAUAUCUAGCGAAGGAGUACUCACAAUACACCACUUAGUAGAGAACGUGCUAGAGCAUCCUCAUCCAUGGAGAAUCUCUGAGGCUGAGAGAGUCUCUGAUGUGCAAGAAUUAAUAAAAAUAAUAAAAGAGGAGAGUCUCUCAAAUGAGAAGCUUUGA